AUGGGUGACGGUUUGCUGCAGCGAUUCAGCACGAUCGGAACUAUCCCCAUUGGAACUAGCAGCAGCAGCAGCAGCACUAGCAUGCCAGCCUUCGCGGAUGGCAACGGCAUCACUCAACGGAUACACCACGAUCCAGCGCCACCAACUCUGAUAGGGGGCAAGUACCCCGUGUACGGCCCUGGAACCGGUCCGGACCUUUACGACGAAGAAACGCCCGAGUUCUGGCACGGCGGCGAUAGCUCCGAUCCGGGAGGGUUCUUUCCAAGCUUCCUUCCUUGGGGGCAACCGCAAGGAUCGCAUCCAGUUCCGCCACCACCACCACCACCCCCUCCGUAUCCCGUGUAUCGAGGACCUUACGGGGGGAAGAUCGGCAAAGGACUUCGAUUUCGGGGCGCCUCGGUGGCCGUGCUGACCCUGUUGGCGUUCCUCUUCUUCCUGAGCAUCCUGCAGAACUACAUCCGGGACUACUCCACCACCUCUCAGCCGACCGUCAUCCUGCUGUCGGCCGGAGCGACCAAGGAAAAUCUGCCCCUCUAUCCGUACCGCAUCCGGCAGAAGGUUGGCCAGCGGAGCAACGAAGAAGCGGGCCAGUUCGACGAGGAUGAUGUCGAUGCUGGUGAGAGUGCGUUCGGACACGAGCAGCAGGUACACGGGGAAGGCGGUAGUUAUCGGGCGAGAAUCAAGAAAGGAGGCGUUCCAUCACACCACAAACGUCACCAUAAAGUCGGCGUUGGAAAGGUGACCCCGGGAAGUGUCUCCAGUGCACCGUCCAUCGCACCACCGUUCGGGGACAUAUUCAAAGUAAACGGACUGUGA